CACAGAGACCAACAUCCUACUUUUUCUUCUUUAUUUUUCCUCUCUUUCUUAAAACUUCACCUUUUCAAGAUACCCUAAAACAUAAAAACCAUAUCACGUUCCCAGAAGCUCUUAUUAUUAUUAGGUUUAAAACAUAAAGAAACUCACACCCGUUUGAAAGAAUUACAGAUUCGAACUGAUUUGGUUCAACAGUAAUGUUGAGGAGUUAAUUGUUCUUGUUGGUUUUCUUUUUAAACGAUUAUCUUUUUGUAUCCUACGAUGCGUCUUUGGUGGGUUUUAUCCAUUUAAUAAGAUGAGUGACAACAAAGGAGGAGACAAGUCCAAGAAACAGAAACAUUCUACGCCUUCUCCUAAAGAGAAUCCAGUUCAAGAAUCCCUAGAAGAUCCGUCGGUCGCCGUCGUUGGCCCUACGUUUCUCUCUCCACCUCCACCACUACCACAGCCACCACCGCCGCCACCGCCUUCUUCACAGCUUUACAUCACGACAGAACCAGUCGUCAAUCCCAAAAGACCUAGAUACACUAGCGCCACCGGCCAAUGGAAGCUCUUACCAUCACCAUCGCAAAAACCGAUCCCGAUCAAUGUCGUUGUCGCCACCGAGAAAACACCGUCUCCGUCUCCUUCAACCAACCAGCCACCACCGACUCAUCCCGUUGUUGCGGCAGCUUCUUCGUCGGACACCACCUCAUCCCCUUCGCACUCCCCACGCCCUUCUGUCUCCGGCCAAGAGACGAGCAAAUCGGAAAACGAACAGCAAUACACGCAACACCAGUUACGAAAAGGCAAAUACGUGAGUCCAGUUUGGAAGCCGAAUGAAAUGCUGUGGUUAGCGAGAGCUUGGAGGGUUCAAUACCAAGGUGGCGGAGGAACUCCCGGGUCGGAUCAUGCAUCGGAGAAUUUAAACCCGAUUACAAUCGAAGGUAACGUGAUAACGCCAACUCCACCUUCUCAGCUCCAAGGAAGAGGGAAAACUCGAGCUGAAAAAGAUCGAGAAGUUGCAGAGUUUUUGCAAAGAAAUGGCGUAAAUAGAGAUGCGAAAACUGCUGGGACGAAAUGGGAUAACAUGUUGGGAGAAUUUAGAAAGGUUUACGAAUGGGAAAGAGGUGGAGAGAGAGAACAAAUCGGGAAGAGUUAUUUUCGACUCUCACCUUACGAAAGAAAAUUACAUCGUCUUCCUGCUUCUUUCGAUGAAGAAGUGUUCGAAGAGUUGGCUCAGUUCAUGGGAUCUCGAAUGAGAACUCCAUCGAAUAGCAUUUGUCGAGGCAACUCCCCGUUUCUUUUAACCUCCGGCGAUCAAGAAUCCCGGUUAGCCGUCGUCGACACCAAAUCUUUACCUUUCCCUCCGCCUUUCCGUGACGACGAUCUCCACUUCUCCUCCUCCGGGAGAGGUGUAAGUCGACAUUUGAUAAGUGAUCAAGGGUACAUCCAUGGCGUUCGAGGGAGUUUAUUAGGGUUAGAAACUUCUCCGGCCGACGUAGUAGGCGGAGGACAAUACGAAACUUCAUCGACAUCAACAUCAAAGGAGCUACGAAGAAUUGGUAAAGUACGAAUGGUGUGGGAAGAACUUGUGAGCUUAUGGGCUGAAGAUGGCGAACAUCAUAGAGGUAGAGUGAAGGUUCAAGGUACAAGCUUUUUAAACGCAGAUGAACUCACAUUCUUAGAUGAUGCAAUGGUUGCUUGUACCUUAGAAGCUUUUGAAGACGCCAAUUCCCCUCUUAAAGGGUUUUCUGUUGAUCGUUUUCUUCCUGGGCAACAAGUCAAAGUGUUCGGAAGACGAAAGUCAACUUAUUCAACUCCUUCACAUCAUAAUAAUACUGGUAUUGAAAGAACUCAACCUCCUUCAGAGCCCUCAAUUAGAUCUUUAACAUCAUGGGAGUUUCAAGAUCCGACGGAGUAUUAUUUGGGUUGUCUUCGUGUUCCUCCACCAUCGUUACCAGGUUUGAUCGAUCUUCCAUGGUAUUUACAGGAACCACCGCCGGAGGAGCUCCGAUUCCCGAUUAGAAAGGAUUUGUAUCGAGAUCUUCCUCAAGGAAAAGAACUUUUCUUUACGACAUCUUCAGAACCCUUGGAUUGUCGAUCGAUUACGUUGGAGAUUUUAAGCCCAAUUGCUCGAUCAAACCCUAGUCUCACUAUUUCCACAAGAGAAUCUUUCAUUGGGGUUUGGGACGAUUGCAUUAAUAGGGUUAUAUUAAAAUUCAGCAAUCUUGAAAUGGGUUUCAUUCGAAAACCUACUCAAUUGAUGUCGUCUAAUGAUGUCUCACAAGAUCAAUGGCCUAAUGUAACUGGAUUCGUGAGGAAUUUUUGUUUAUGGAGAGGAGAAGAAACUGAUAGAUUGAGAGAAGAUAAUAAUCUUGAUCCUUCUUCGUUAAUGGUGCAGAAACUGUUAUGGAGUUACUCGGAUCUUCCUUAUAUUUUAGGUUAUUAUGCUGUUGGGUAUAUCGUCACCUUUUGCGCAUUAAGUCGAACACAUGAUAGGCUUAUCAGAACUGAUCUUCACACUAUUGACUUAUCAACACCUGGAGAUCGAAUCAAAGCUUUAGUCCCUUGUUGGAGGAUCGCUGGGUUACUAUCGUUAUUGGCUGAUCGUUGUGCUAACGUUCAACAGAUCAACAAAGCUUUUCCAUACAGCGACUUUGAAAGAAUCGAUUUGGGUAAUGGCAACAUAAUCGAAUUAACACCAAAUUAUAUGACGCGAGUUUUCUCAAGCAAGAGAAAAUGGGUUACAGUGAAAGAGAUCUACGAUUUUCUCGAUCAUCGGAUUCCACAUUCGGAAUACAUCUGUCAAUCAUCGGAGAGAGAUUUGAGUUUAAGUUUCAAACCAAGAGGAUGCAAGUUAAAGCUUUCAAACAUGGAGCAAUUAGUAGAAGCUCUGAAACACGUAACAAAAGCGUUGGUGGCGUUACAUGAUUUAUCCUUCAUGCACAGGGACUUAGGUUGGGACAAAGUGAUGCGGCGAAGCGACAGAGAAAACGAGUGGUUCGUGAUCGGUUUUGAUGAAGCGGCAAGUGCGCCACAAAUAUACCCACCGCAGCAGGAAGGUGUGGCGUCGAAGACGACGACGGUGGUGGGAGGAGGAGGAGGGGGGAGACACGCGCCGGAGAUGAAAGGUAGAGGAAUGCAUGGAGUGAAGGUGGACGUGUGGGGUGUAGGUCAGAUGCUGAAGACAUGCGGGUUGGUGGGGUUACCAAAGGCGCUGAGGGAGUUGCAGAACAGGUGUUUGGAUCAGAACCCAGAACAGCGGCCCACGGCGGCGGACUGCUAUCACCACCUGCUUCAGUUGCAGUCAUCAAUGUCAGCCGCCGCCGGUGAUUACUGAAAAUAAAAAGGAAAAAUGGAAAUCGUAGGUAUUUAUUAUAUAACCUUUUGACAGAACUUUUUCGCAUACAUACACAACAACAUAUUCAGUUAUGAAAUUGGAAUUGAAUUAAUCGGGGUGAUGGACACUGAUCGUAGUCGUAGUAGUAGUAGCACCAGCUCCCCUCAUUAUGGGGGCCAAAAACAAGACAACAAAAUGGCCUGCAUGGGUUUCGUAGGAGUGCAGUAAAUAGGCCACAGGGUAUCUCUUUUAGGUUUUUGUUGGGGUAAUUUGGGUAUUUCACUUGUUUGUAUCGACUUUAUUCAACUUCAUUUCAACUUGUACUAGCGAUUGCUUUGGAUUGUAUAAUUUAAAAAAAAAAAAAUAGAAA